AGAGAGAGAGAGAGAGAGAGAGAAGAGACAGAUAGGCGAGCAAAAGGGACAGCAAGAGUCAGAGUCCGCACAGAGGACAGACAGGCACGAGCAGAGGCGGAAAGAAUCAAAAUUCCAAGGGCCAUGGAGUGUCGAAAGGAAAAGAGAGUUCAAUCUGUUGUUCUGCUAAAGGAUUAGAAGAGAAUCUAUCUCAUGAAGAUUUGUAGUUAGAAAAGGGAAGACCAUGUCUCCUGAAAGAGAGCUGGAAACUCCCAGGAACACUCAUGACCUGUGACCCUAGGGGAUCAAAGUGUGCAUCUGUUAUGAGAGCAGAGAACCUUAAUCCGCUUCAAGACCACCCUCAUGAACACACUCAUGGAUGUUCUGCGCCACAGGCCCGGAUGGGUGGAAGUCAAAGAUGAAGGCGAAUGGGAUUUCUAUUGGUGUGAUGUCAGCUGGCUGCGGGAGAACUUUGACCACACCUACAUGGAUGAGCACGUGCGCAUAAGCCACUUCCGGAACCACUACGAGCUUACCAGGAAAAACUACAUGGUAAAGAACCUGAAGCGCUUCCGGAAGUACCUGGAGCGUGAGUCAGGAAAGACGGAGGCAGCCAAGUGUGACUUCUUCCCCAAAACCUUUGAGAUGCCCUGUGAGUACCAUCUGUUUGUGGAGGAGUUUCGCAAGAACCCCGGGAUCACCUGGAUCAUGAAGCCUGUCGCCCGAUCUCAGGGGAAGGGCAUAUUUCUCUUCCGGAGACUGAAAGACAUCAUGGACUGGAGGAAGGGCACUUCGGGGAAGAAACCCACCGGUGUGGAGACGCAGCCUGCUCGAGCCAACAUGAACCCCUCAGGCAGCCAUGACACAAGGAGUUCUGAUGACCAGAAAGAUGACCUCCCGGUGGAGAACUACGUGGCUCAGCGUUACGUGGAAAACCCCUACUUAAUAGGAGGCCGCAAGUUUGACCUGCGCGUCUACGUGCUGGUGAUGUCGUACAUCCCUCUGCGGGCAUGGCUGUACCGUGAUGGCUUUGCCAGGUUCUCCAACACCCGAUUCACACUGAAUAGCAUCGAUGACCACUAUGUUCACCUCACCAAUGUUGCUGUGCAGAAGACAUCGCCUGACUACCACCUAAAAAAGGGUUGCAAGUGGAUGCUUCAGCGCUUCAGGCAGUACCUGGCUUCCAAGCAUGGUCCUAAGGCCGUGGAGACACUCUUCAGUGACAUGGACAAUAUCUUCAUCAAGAGCCUGCAGAGCGUGCAGAAGGUGAUCAUCAGUGAUAAGCACUGCUUUGAGCUCUAUGGCUAUGACAUCCUCAUUGACCAGGACCUCAAGCCGUGGCUCCUAGAAGUCAAUGCCUCUCCUUCCCUGACGGCCAGCAGCCAGGAGGACUAUGAACUCAAGACCUGUCUGCUGGAGGAUACCCUGCACGUGGUGGACAUGGAGGCCAGGCUCACAGGAAAGGAGAAGAGAGUCGGGGGCUUCGAUCUCAUGUGGAAUGAUGGCCCUGUCAGCCGAGAGGAUGGGCCUUCUGACCUAUCAGGGAUGGGGAACUUUGUGACCAACACUCACCUAGGUACGUUGAGCCAGACAGGAAGUGAGUGGGAGAGAAACAUCAUAGGAAGUGGAGGGGGGCUGGGGCCGCUUGGCAGAGCAGUGUGAUCCAGCCCUUGGCAGAGCAAGCAUACCAGCUGUGUGACUUGGGUGAGCAACUUGACCUCUCUGUUCUUCAUCCAUAACAUAAAGAUGAGUAGUAUCUUACAGGUGUCAUGUCCAACCUGCAGCCUGGGAACCGAAUGCAGCUAAGGGUGGCAAUGAAUGUGGCCCAACACAAAAUCGUAUACUCACUUAAAACAGUUAUGAGAUUUUUUAUUCAGUGUGUGUGUGUGUAACUUUUUGCUCACUUCUCAAGUGUGAACUUUGUAGAUGACAAUGUCUGGUCACAACAUCAAACGGUUGGAUACUCCUGGUAGGACCCUGCCUGUUAUAGUGAGAAAUUUCUGAGUUUCUGGAGGGGGAUUUCAAGACUCAGGUGGAGAACAAAUUAUCAUGAGAAAAGUUAAAGGCUGUAGGACUCUGCAAGGUAGUAUGUGAAAUGUGAAAGAAUUCCCCGAUUAUAGAAAUUCACACUCAUUGUAGAAUAUUUGAAAACUAAAGAAGGAAAAUUUAAAACACAUCCAGACACAACCAUCAUUAACAAUCUGGUGUUUCCUUCCAGUUUUAAAAAAUGCAUAUAUUCAUAUUUUUUGUAAAUCUGGCACCAGACUGGCGUUUGGAGUCCCACUUUCCACGUGGCUUCCCUCCCUCCAUUCAGGAAUACAGAGGACCUCCCAUGGGAAGCAUGUGUUAGGCGGGUUGUUCAUGCGCAAUACCACGGCAUGUGGUAGCUUCUGUGAUUGCCCCUCAAACCAGGAAAUUGUCUCCAAAGCUUGCACAGACCACAGAAGGCUGUUGUAGAGAUGGGCCAGCCAGCCUGAACCCUAACUCCUGAAUUCCGGCCUUUAGUUUCCUGAGUGGUUACAGCACAGCACAGCUACAGAGCAUUUCAGCCCACGUGUGUGCCAGCAUUUAUCAAGCCGACUUCCUACCGUUGGGCAUUUGGUGUGAUCUCAGUUUUUUACUAAAUAACCCUGUGGCGAGCCUCCUCUCCGGUGGAAACCACGGAAGUUGGCUUUUCCUUCUGGCUCCCUGGAAGUAGAAGAAUCACUGAGCAGCAGGCAUAGGCUUACUUAGAAAGAGGCCCAAGCCCCUUAGUGAAUUCAUUAUUAUUUUAAUUCCAUUGAUUACUAAAGAGGCUUCAGUUUCUCAUUUGCAUUUCCUUUUUUGUAAGCCGUCCCAGCUUUGGACUGAUUUCUCUUUAAUAGUAGAUCAUUUUUAUGAAGGACUGUGAACCAGUUCUCAUGGGAAAUUUACUUUUUUGUCAGUUUGGUGGUGGGGUUUAGGCAGGUUUUUGUGUAGCCUAGGCUCUCCUUUAACUCGCUGUGUAGUUAGAGUGGUCGUGAAUUUCUGAUCCUCCUGUUUCUACUUCCUGAGCUAACAUGCCAGGUUUUUCUGCUAUUAGGACUUGAACCUAGCACCUCCUGCAUGUUAGACAAAACACUUCACCAACUGAGCCACACAUAGCCCAAGCUGGCCUUCAGUUCACUGUGGAGCUAAGGCUGGGCUUGAAGUCCUUUCUAAUCUUUGUGCCUCACCCUACAAUGUGUUGGGAUUGAUGGCAUGUGCCUCUCUUCUUUACUUGCCUGCCUGCCUUUUCCCCUCCCUUCCUCCCUCGGAGCCUCCCUCUCUCCCUCC